AUGCCGAGAGAUUGGUUGACCGGUCGAGAGGCCACCCUUCUUUUCGACGGCAAGACGGCGGCACCGACGGCAAUUCGGGCAGGGGUCCCCCAAGGCUCACCCCUUUCCCCUGUUCUCUUCAUCCUCUAUAUUUCCUCAUUAUACAAGCAGCUAAAAGGCGAGCACCCUCACUUGGCUAUAACAGGGUUUGCGGAUGGCACCAACCUCCUGGUAUUUGGUCGAAACCCCGAGGCCAAUUUCCGGCAACUAGAGGCGGCGUGGGAAACGUGUAUGCGAUGGGCGGACAGCCGGGGGAUGAAGUUCGCCCCGGAAAAGAGCGAACUCAUCCAUUUCAACAAAGGGCGACGGCAGUGGACCGAACAGGUAAACCUUGCCAACCCAGGGGGAGGCACUAGCCCCGUUGAACCAGAAGGGUCUGCCAGAUUCUUGGGAGUCUGGUUGGACUGGAAACUCAACUGGAAGGCUCACCUGGUGGCGGUGGAGAAGAAGCUGAGGGCCCAGAGCUAUGCCCUGUCGAGGAUCGUGGCAAAGACGUGGGGAAUGGGGCUAGCCAAAGCGCGAGAAAAAGGCAUCACUAAGGCCCUCGGGAAGGCCCAGAACAAGGGCUUGCGGAUUGUGGCGGGAGCCUUUGAGUCUACCCCCAUCCGUAACCUCGAGACAGAGACAUGGGUACCACCACUGGACUUGUACCUAAACAAACGGCUUGCAGAUUUCGAAAACCGACUCCAACAACCCGAUCUGGACGACGGUCAAGGCGGCAAGAAGACGGCGAGGAGCGUUGUCCUCACCGCCUGCCGCAAGAUACAGGAGAGACUUAGCUCGAGGAGGGGCAACAGGGGCCGACCGCGAACCUUGGGACCUCAAGGGCCUACGGCGGUGGAGAGAGCCGCGGGCACGGUCAUGCGCUGGACGGGGGGAAUCGUUGAUACGAACAGGGUAGUAGAAGAGGCUUGGAGAGCGAGGUGGUUAAAGGAACGGGACGGCAGAGCGAUCACCAGACUGGCGGACGACUUUGACCAUCAGCAGGAGACGCUAUUCCGGAACGGAACCCUAAGGAGCCACGACGGUCUCAGCAAGGCGAAGAGCUCACUGCUGAUUCAAAUCCGGACGGGAGCAAUAGGCUUACGGGACUUCUUGUUUACACGAGGAGUCCCGGAGGUUCUGACUCCUGCCUGCGAGUGUGGCAAGGGACGAGAGACUGCCGAACACCUGGUAGUGUGGUGUUUGGCCCCACCGUUGACUAGAAGAUGGGAGAGAACUGGAAUUCGGAGACGACGGGACUUUUACUCUGUUCUACACGGCAUCAAUCCCACGACUGCACGGCUCGCGAGGAGAGUUCUAGACUGGCUGAUGGACUCGGGGAAGCUGCCGAUGUACAACUUGGCCAGGAGGCUCGAGCUGGAAGCGGCGGCCUGA